AUGUCGCUGUACCGCCUGCUCCUCCGCUCUCUCCGCCGCCCAACCGCCGCCCCUCAAUCCCUAACCUCUCUCACCCUCCAAAACCCUAUCUCCUCACAUCCCCACCAUCUCACCACCUCCCGCUCCUUCGCCUAUUCCACCGCCGAAGAAGCCGCUGCCGAGCGCCGCCGCCGCAAGCGCCGUCUCCGCAUCGAGCCCCCACUCCACGCUCUCCGUCGCGACUCCGGCCCGCCGCCUCCACGCGACCCCAACGCGCCCCGCCUCCCCGACUCCACCUCCGCCCUUGUCGGCCCUCGCCUCAACCUCCACAACCGCGUCCAGUCCCUCAUACGCGCUGGCGACCUCGAUGCCGCCUCCGCCGUGGCGCGUCACUCCGUCUUCUCCAACACGCGCCCCACCGUGUUCACCUGCAAUGCCAUCAUCGCGGCCAUGUACCGCGGCAAGAGGUACAAUGACGCUAUUGCCCUCUUCCACUUCUUCUUCAGCCAAUCCAACAUUGUUCCCAACAUUGUCUCUUAUAAUAAUUUGAUUAACACUCAUUGUGAUGAGGGCCGUGUCGAUGUGGGUCUUGAGAUUUACCGGCACAUCAUUGCCACUGCUCCCUUUAGUCCCUCGCCCGUGACGUACCGUCAUUUGACUAAAGGGUUGAUUGAUGCCGGUAGGAUAGGUGAUGCGGUUGACUUGUUGAGGGAGAUGUUGAAUAAGGGGCAUGGUGCCGAUUCUUUGGUUUUCAAUAAUUUGAUUAAAGGGUUCUUGGAUUUGGAGAAUUUGGACAAGGCCAAUGAGCUUUUCGACGAGCUCAAAGAGAGGUGUUUGGUGUAUGAUGGGGUUGUCAAUGCCACUUUUAUGGAUUGGUUCUUCAAUAAGGGGCAAGAGAAGGAGGCCAUGGAUUCGUAUAGGUCCUUGCUUGAUAGGCAGUUUAGGAUGAUCCCAGCUACCUGCAAUGUUCUAUUGGAAGUGCUGCUUAAGCAUGACAAGAAGAAGGAGGCAUGGGCUUUAUUCGAACAAAUGCUGGAUAAUCACACCCCGCCCAAUUUCCAGGCUGUGAAUUCCGAGACUUUUAACAUAAUGGUCAACGAAUGUUUUAAACUUGGGAAGUUUGCUGAGGCAUUCGACACCUUUAAGAAGGUGGGAACAAAUGUGAAGUCAAAGCCUUUCUCCAUGGAUGUUGCGGGAUAUAAUAAUAUCAUUGCUAGGUAUUGUGAGAAUGGGAUGUUAUCGGAGGCUGAUGCACUAUUUACAGAAUUGUCAUCAAAGUCGCUGACCCCAGACGUAACAACUCACAGGACUCUGAUUGAUGCAUAUUUGAAUGUGGAGAGGAUAGAUGAUGCUCUUAUGAUAUUUAACAGAAUGGUGGAUGUUGGUUUGCGAGUGGUUGCUACUUUUGGUAACAGGGUGUUUACUGAGUUGAUCAAGAAUGGGAAAGCAGUGGAAUGUGCCAAAAUUUUGAAGAAAAUGGGAGAGAAAGAUCCUAAACCAGAUGCCAGUUGCUAUGACAUUGUGAUCAGGGGGCUUUCCACCGAAGGUGAACUUGACUCAAGCCUUGAUUUACUGGCCGAAAUGUUGAGAUAUGGCAUUGGCGUUCCUCCUGCACUGAAGCAAUUUGUGUAUGAGACUUUUGAAAAAGCCGGGCGUGGUGGACAGGUCGAGAGAACAUUAACUGAGACUAGGUUCACACCAACUCCUAGAAUGGCACAACCACGGCAAUUUCCACCCAUAAGAUCACCUCAAAUGUCAGGACCGCAGGAAUCACCGCCAGGAACCUAUAUGGCAGGACAUGGUCACCCAUCAUCAGCUCCCUCUCAAAUGGCUGGACCAUAUCAGCCACCAUCUUGACCAGCUCAUGGGUCUGUAUCACACCAUUCCCCAUCAGAAUCAGGAACCCCUCAAAUGACAGAAGAUGUAGCAACUGCUUGAUUCAUAGGUAGCUGAGAUCUUGAAGCUGAUAAGAAGAGAAGUGCAGCAAUGAUCUAUCCUUUGUCUUUGGUAAAGUUUACAUGUCAACAACAAACAUGCCAAUCAACUUUGUUGUUUUAGUAUGCUCAAGCUUGUACUUUGCUUGAUGUGGUGUAUGUGAUUUGGGUCAACAGAAGCUGAUUCUUUUUGGUUGGGGUUUGAUUACUAAAGUUACUGGCUUUAUUUUUGAUGGUGAGGGACUGAAGUAUUACUAGUUUCUGAUUAAUGAAAUUGAAUUACAAUGUUUCCCGUUAAGCAUUAGAUUCACUUCACUGGGGCUAUCAAAUGCAUGCUGCAUUUAGUUACUAUCUAAUUGCACCCAAACAAAAUGUGUUUGUGAUAUGUUCAAGGUCUGGUGGAAUUGAUUUUAUUGAGAUCACGGUGAAAUUCGAAAUGGAAACAAAUGGAGGAGGCUGUUGUGCAUCUAGACAGGAAAUUGUUUUUCCAGAGUUUUAGACUUUAGCUGCAUUAAUUGAGACCAUGCUUAGUUUUGAUUUAGUUUUGAAU